AUGUCUGAGAACUACGACGUCGGAACGCGGGCGUGGCAGCCCGAUACAACGGAGGGCUGGGUUGCGUCCGAGGUCAUCAACAAGACCGAAGAUGGUUCCAAGGUUAAGCUGGUCUUCAAGCUUGACAAUGGCGAGGAAAAAACCAUUGAGGUCACUGCCGAGGCUCUCCAGAAAGGCGACUCCUCCCUACCUCCUUUGAUGAACCCGACCAUGCUCGAGGCCAGCGACGACCUGACGAACUUGUCCCAUCUCAACGAGCCUGCCGUCCUGCAAGCCAUUCGCCUCCGAUAUGCACAGAAAGAAAUCUACACAUACAGUGGUAUUGUCCUGAUCGCGGCGAACCCCUUUGCCAGAGUAGACUCCCUCUACGUUCCCGGCAUGGUGCAGGUAUACGCCGGCAAGCAGAGAGCAACACAAGCACCGCACUUGUUCGCUAUUGCGGAAGAGGCUUUCAUUGACAUGGUGCGCAGUGGAAAGAAUCAGACUGUUGUUGUGUCGGGAGAGUCCGGUGCUGGGAAGACUGUCAGCGCCAAAUAUAUCAUGCGCUACUUCGCGACAAGAGAAUCCCCAGACAACCCGGGAACGCGAUCUAAGAAAGGUGCCGAAUCUAUGAGCGAAACGGAAGAGCAGAUUUUGGCCACGAACCCCAUUAUGGAAGCCUUUGGAAACGCGAAAACGACGCGCAACGACAACUCGUCACGAUUCGGCAAGUACAUCGAGAUCAUGUUCGACGACAAGACCAAUAUUAUCGGCGCUAAGAUCAGAACCUACCUCCUCGAGCGCUCCAGAUUGGUUUUCCAACCUCUCAAGGAGCGCAACUACCACAUCUUCUACCAACUCGUCGCCGGUGCGUCGGACAAGGAACGCCAAGACCUUCACCUUCUCCCUAUCGAGGAGUUCGAGUACCUCAACCAGGGCAAUUGCCCCACAAUAGACGGCGUCGAUGACAAGGCUGAGUUCGAGGCGACAAAGGGUUCUUUGCGGACCAUUGGUGUCAAUGAUGAUUACCAGGCGGAAAUUUUCAAGCUCCUCUCGGGUCUACUGCACCUUGGAAACAUCAAGAUCGGAGCGUCGCGCAACGAUAGUGUCCUCGCGUCUACCGAGCCCUCUUUGGAGCUGGCUUCUUCGAUCCUAGGCGUCAACGGGCCCGAGUUUGCCAAGUGGAUUGUGAAGAAGCAGCUGGUCACACGAGGCGAGAAGAUCACGUCCAACUUGACACAGGCCCAGGCUAUCGUCGUACGUGAUUCCGUGGCCAAGUUCAUCUACUCAAGUCUGUUCGACUGGCUUGUGGAGAUUAUCAACCGCAGCUUGGCGACCGAGGAGGUUUUGAACCGCGUUACCUCCUUCAUUGGUGUGCUCGAUAUCUACGGCUUCGAACACUUUGCCAAGAACUCUUUCGAGCAGUUCUGCAUCAACUACGCCAACGAGAAGCUCCAGCAAGAAUUCAACCAGCAUGUCUUCAAGUUGGAACAGGAAGAAUAUCUGAGAGAGAAAAUCGAUUGGACAUUCAUCGAGUUCUCGGACAAUCAGCCAGCCAUCGAUCUGAUCGAGGGCAAGCUCGGUAUUCUGUCUCUUCUGGAUGAAGAGUCCCGUCUGCCCAUGGGCUCGGAUGAGCAGUUUGUCACAAAACUGCACCACAAUUAUGGCAGCGACAAGCACAAAUUUUAUAAGAAGCCCAGGUUUGGCAAGUCUGCUUUCACCGUAUGUCAUUACGCUGUAGACGUCACCUACGAAUCGGAGGGCUUCAUUGAGAAGAACCGCGACACCGUGCCCGAUGAGCACAUGGCGGUUCUCCGCGCCUCCACGAACAAGUUCCUUCGCGAUGUGUUGGACGCUGCCUCGGCUGUGCGCGAGAAGGAUGUGGCCUCUGCGACGUCCAGCUCUGUGAAGCCUGCCGCUGGUAGGAAGAUUGGCGUGGCCGUCAACAGAAAACCAACGUUGGGGGCAUUUUCCGUUCUUCGUUGA